AUGUUGUUCAUAACUGAAAACAAAAAGUUAGUACUGAUAAGUAUAUAAUACUGACUUAUAACAUAUGCCUGACGAUAACAGAAGGAAUAGGCCUACUAUACAAGUUCAACUCUGUACCAUGGCCUCAGAAGGAGGGGGCUCUGUUUCAGUGCCAUUCGACUCAACCUCAAUGUCCAACAGAAAAAGUGAGACGACCGAAAAACGCUCCAAGAAAAAUAGGCGCCAAACAAAAUCUGAAAAUGUAACCACAGACUUAGAAGCACUCUCUAACCAAACUGUGGAAGAACGUGCACUCUAUCGUCUCAAAGCAAAGUUACAGCCCUUGGUCAAGGGUGCCAAAUAUGGUAAAAACAUGGAUGUGUCUGACACGACGCUGAAGAGAUGGCUGCUGGCCACCAACAACAACGUCAUCCACGCUGCAGGUAAACUACAGAGACACGAGAUGCUCAAGUGGAAGCUGGGACUGAUUAACCUUACAAGCGACUACAAGCCUUCUAAAUUUCUCUUUGAUUACUACGCGGGUGGCCUGUGCGGUGAGGACAGAGAGGGCUCUCCAGUGUACUAUGAGCUGUUUGGCAUCCUCGACAUGAGGGGUAUCAUCAUGUCAGUCCAGAAGAAGGAGCUUCUGACAUUCAAAAUGUUCCAGCACGAGCUCAUCAAAGAGUACCUCAAGGUGCUUUCCAAGGAGAAAGGUAAAGAUAUCAACAACAUACUGGUGGUCGUUGACAUGAUCAAGUGUACCAGGGACACACUUUGGGGACCAUCGCUACGCAUCUGGGCUGAGAUCAUAGAACUUCUUCAAGAGAACUACCCCAGGCUGGUGAAGGAAGUUCUUGUCAUACAUCCUCCCACUAUGUUUGCUGAGAUCUACUUGUCCCUCAGACCCUACAUGAAGCCCUCCACGCUGGAACUGAUCAAAGUGUUUGGCAACAAUUAUUUUAAAUAUCUAGAACAGCGUAUUCCCAUACAUUAUAUCCCGGCGUACCUCGGGGGAUACAAGUGUGAUUUCGACAACAACCAACAAUGUUUCGAAGACUUGAAUUGGGUGGAACAAGUUCCGCAGUGGUUGUAUCUGAUGAGUUCUAGCAUACAGGCCCGUGCUCAGGAGUUUAACAUCCUUGCUGGAGCGAAGCACGUAGAGGAGUACAUGGUGACCCUGAGUAACAGCCUGCUGUCAUGGGAGUUCUACCACAUCAGCCAACCGCUGUUCUUCGCCAUCUACAUUGACACCAUCUCAGACAAAACGUGCACCUUUAAAAAGGAAAACAUGUCGCAGUUCAGCAAGAAACGAAACCACACAUUGAACUGCAAGGUCCCCGGCCGCUACCUCCUGGUGUUUGAUAACUGCAAGGACCACGCCUUCAAUGUCAGGAUCACAUGCAACAUCGCUGUCCUCCCGCCGGCAGACAUCCCGCUUUACUCGUGCAACAAGACUCUAGGUGACUCCAUCAAAUUCAAUCUACCUAUGGACAGGGAAGAGGUUCAGAUGAGGCGACGUCUGGGCAUCGAGCUGCCGUCCAUCGUUCCAGCAGAGUCUCGCAAUUAUAAUUAUGCGUCUCAUGUGCAGAAGCGUAGCUAGGGUGGUAGAGAGGGGAGGGGGUCCAAAUUUUAAAAUCCAAAAGGAGUGUCCGAAAUCUGUUUUUACAUUAAAUAUUUCGCCAUUAUCUUAUGCCAUGAUGACGAGUAUUAAAAUGCAGGGGCCCCUAAAGAGGUCAAGCCCUCCACCGGGUUCCCUAUUUCCUAGCUACGUCACUGCUCUGGUGUUCUCGUUAUGCAGCUUCUUGCUUGUUAAGGCAUUCUAAAGAAAUAAACAAAGAAAAGCAAAAAAGUAAACAAAAA